AUGCCAGAGGUUAGCAAAGAGCUUGGACUCGACACUUCUGUCAUGUCCCAGGAGAGCCACGAUGGGAUUCGUACAGCACGUAGCCUUCCAAAGGGACGCCAUAGAAGAAACGUCAACCUAUUCCUUGCAUCUCUCUGCUUGCUGGCAGCAGGUCUGGUAUUGACAACCUACUUCUUGCUACGAAAAACAGAAGAGAUUCAGUUUGAGACUGCAUUUUCCAUCUUUGCAAGGGAGACUGCUGUGAUUGCUGAAAUGCAAGCAUCGAAUGUCUUUGGCCAGCUUCAGAGCCUAGCAUCGGCAGUUAGGUCUGGAGUGGAAACACCUGAACAGCGCUACCCCCACAAGAUUUCCAUUCCAGACUUCGACUUGCGGGCCGAGGAGAUUGCCAACUUGACUGAGAUUGAACUCCUCAUGUUCGUACCCUUUGUUCCUCAUGAAGAGCGACGAGAAUGGGAGGAGUUUCAGCUGCUGAACCAGGAAUGGAUUAUGGAAGGAUAUACUGAACGUGGAUGGAACACGUCUCACUUGAAGACCAUUCCUCACCAAAUCUACAACUACACCCUUCCAGAGGGAUACAAUGAUACUAGGAGAGGCUUUGUGGAUACAGGCUUCAUGGAAGGCAUUCUUUCCAAUCACACACCAGCUACCAAGAUGGGCGGCGUCAGCGUUCCAGUGGCCCAGAUUGGACCAAGACUCAAUGAUACCUCGAUAGUUAUGAUGGAUCUGUUCACACACCCAAUCUUCAGGAAGGAAAUAAUUGCUUCUUUGGAGUAUGAUGUACCUGUCAUCUCUGAGGUGGAAGACCUUGAGUUCCUGCUACAGCAUGUUGUGCCGCUCUCAGGUGAAGAAGUGGACUAUUCAAUACCCCGAAGUUUUACUUUGGACCCAGUCAAGGCAGGCUUUGGCAAGGAUUCUAUCACAGUUGGCUUUGUUGUUGGAAUCAUCCAGUGGGGUGCUUUCUUCCGGACUUUGCUCCCUUCCAAUGUUAAUGGCAUUGUUGUGAAUAUAGAGUCUGACUGUGGCAGGAGUUUCACCUACAUCAUCAAUGGAGGAAAAAAGGAUGAUUGCAACCUGGAUGGAAUCACUGUUCCUGAGAGCAAGUACCAGCAUCUGGAACAACGAUAUCAGUUCUUCUGGAAAGACCACCCAAAAGGAACCUCCCGUCACUGCCAUUUUGAUCUUGUCAUCACCCCCUCUAGUGAAUUUGCUAUGGCAUACAUGACCAACACUCCCAUUCUUUGGGCAGGUGUUGUCCUGUCUCUGUUUGUGGUAAUUGGUUUGGCUUUCGCUCUGUACGACUUUUACAACCACAAGAAACAAGUAAGGAUAUCGAUGGAAAAGGAGAGGGCUGAGGCUGUUGUCUCUUCACUUUUCCCAAAACAUGUGGGUAACCAGCUCCUAGAGGAACAAGCUAGAGACACUGAGUGGCAAGCCAUUGACCAAGAGAGGAGAGCCAAGCCUCUUGCUGAGCUAUUUCCAUCUGCAACUAUCAUGUUCGCUGACCUCAAAGGAUUCACUGCAUGGUCAUCAAACAGGCCGCCAUCAGAUGUGUUUAUGCUGCUCGAAACUAUCUACCAUGAAAUGGAUGCAAUCGCUAAAAGACGCAAAGUAUUCAAAAUAGAAACGAUUGGGGAUUGCUAUGUUGCUGUGUGUGGCCUUCCCCGGCAACGCGAUGACCAUGCUGUAGUCAUGGCACGGUUUGCACAGGAUUGUCUAGAAAAGUUCCAUGAAUUGGUUACCAUGCUAGAUGUAGAUCUUCCUGGGACUGCAGCACUUGAGCUUCGGACUGGCCUCCACAGUGGCCCAGUGACAGCUGGUGUGUUGCGUGGAGAGCGGGCGCGUUUCCAGCUCUUCGGGGAUACAGUCAACACUACAUCCAGAAUUGAGUCAACUGGCGAGGGUAGCAGAAUUCAUCUAUCUCAACAGUUUGCUGAUGAAUUGAUCAAGUGUGAUAAGGGACACUGGGUGGUGCCCCGAGAAUACAAGGUCCAAGCUAAAGGGAAGGGGACUCUUAGCACGUUCUGGUUGCAGGUUGGAGAAACAGAACUGAGGAAAUCAAGCACGGGCAGCCAUAACACACUGACGACAUCAGAAACACCUCCACAAUCACAAGAAGACUUCGGCGAGACAUCUCCGGACUGCGACGAGGCUGCUGCUGAAUCUGACGAUUUUUCUGAUAUUUCUGAUUCCUUCGCCGACGAAACCUCCACAUUGUAA